ACUGUUUCCUCAUUGAGAGCCAAGUGUGGUGCAGUGGGAAAGGCAAAGAUGUCCAGUUCCCGCCAUCGCAAGCCGGCGAAAUCAUCCCGCGUUCCUCCACAAGCCCGGGAAUAUAUCAGCGCCAUGGCCGAGGACCGGGAAUUGGAGCGAUUCAUGGCCUUCUCGUCGACGGCCAGCAGUGCAGCCAGUGGCAGCACCCACAGCUGUGCCCUGGGCUCAGUGCUGCCGCCAGCUUGUGCCUCCAUGGAACAUGGAUCGCGGCCAGCAUCCGGCCACAGGCGUCGCACGAAGAGCAGCGACCAUCCACCUGACAAAGAAGGAGCAGAGGAACAGCUCCAGGAACUGCCAGUGUCACCGCCCAUCAGUAAACACACAAUCCCCCAGUUGACAUCUCCAAAAUCACAAGUAACUCGCACAAAAUCUGAUGAAUACACCAUAAUACCCAUUGUAUUGGCCAGUAGCCCCAGUUUUCGACCCGUAGCAGCCACACAAACCAUCUCCCAGUCCGCCGAGGACCUACGCACACCCACCAAGUCGCCCAGGAUGCAGAGCAAAAAGACGCAGACACCAGAGUCCGCCCUCAAGUCGCACAAGCGCCUGGAAUGGGAUCCUGCGGCCGAUGUGGGCUACUACAAGCGGGCACUGUCCACGAGUAACAUCAGCACCCUGGAGCGAUCGGUACUGGAGGAUUGUGGCUGGCGUCAGCCCACCCAGCAGCGACCCGAGACGGAUGCGGAUCGAUUGCAGCGCCAGGAGGCGGAGGCACCGUCGCCAAUGCUGGACAAGCCAACGCCACCGCUGGCUUGUAGUACAUUUGUCAAUCGCAGCGAUCGCGUGAAGCCUUUGAGCACUAGAAUGGAUUCCAUGGAAAGUUCGUUGAGCUGUGGAAAAGGGGAUUCUCGGAAGAAAUCCCAAAGUAAAUCCAAGAGGGAGGAUUCCGGAGGCAGCUCUCGUCAGAUGGACUCACGCAGCAGCUCGCGCAAGGAGUCAACCCAAGGCAGUUCCAAAGAAAAAGACAAAGCUAGGGAGGCUUCCCAAAUUGACUCCACCAAAGAAGAAUCUAUCGGCAGCCGUAAGAAAGAGGAUUUAAGGCUUUCCUCGCGUGUGCAAGAUCCACAGAUUAGUUCUCGCAGAGCAUCGCUAAGUGGCUCGCGGAGGGAAUCACUGAGCAGUUACAGAAGAGACGACUCCAGGCUCAACUCGCAGAACAGCUCCAGACUGGGCUCACAUGUCAGCUCAAGGGCGGAGAAUUCGCGUUCCAGUUCAAGGCGGGCAUCGCAAGCCACCUCGCUGUACGGCAGUUCGGCGGCCAGUAGCUUUGAUUACCACAUGCACAUAGAACAGGAAUUCCAGGUGGUCAAGCAGGAUGAGGGGAGGCAGAAGGAGAAGGAGGAUGAGCCGAAGGAGCAACUGGAAAAAGAGCAGCAACAAAAGGAUCUGCAACCAGGGGAACACAGGCGAAAAGAACAGCGGGACAAGGAUCAACCAAUGGAAAGGGAACAGAAGGCCAUUCAGCAACUGGCGCGGGACCAAAGAAAAGCUGAACAGCGCGAAAAGGAGCGCGAGCAGGAGCGACAGUACACAGCGGCCCAGUUCGAGAAGAUUUGGGGCAGUCGGCGGCAUGAGAACAAGGAGAACCAGCAACCCCAGAACUUUGUAGUGAAUCCCUCCACCGGCGCAAGCGCAACCGCAACCGGCUCCACAUCCUCCUCAUCGAUGGAAAUUGGAUCUGGAAGUAGACCGCGCGGGGAACUGGAUCUGGGAAUCGAUUUGCUCUGUUCUCUGGUGAAAACGCGCAGCCUCAGCCAGGGACAGAAGAAGAAACUCGUCAGGGACAUAGCCAGGCGUAUCUCCUGCCUGGAUCUGGCCGAAUCCAGCACUAGUUUGCGCUCCCUGAGCAACACAAAGGAGCAGCCGAAGGGAGCUCAGCAGCGCCAAGAUGCGGCCACCAAUACGACCCAGUCCAGCUCGAGAAGCUCCUCGAAAGCUGAACGCAUUACUCUACCCGUGCCCGUGCCUGCUCCACGAAAGCGGGGAACUGCGGGAACGCCGUCGCCACUGCCUGUCAGUUUAUCGCACAGCGGUUCCACCAGCGCCUCGCGCGAGCUGAUCACCCAAAAGACCAAUGUGCCAACGCGCGAGGCUGCCUCAACGGACGCAGAUGCCGAGCCCUCGGACUUGCAGGAGUGGCUGAAUCCCAUGACCCAGAGUGAAAUAGAGUACGAGCAGCGUUUGAAGGGAGGCGCGGAUGCGGAGCGAAGGAAGCAGCUCAGCUGGAUCGACACAGAGAUUCGUCGCCUGGAGGCGUUGCAGAAGCUGUUGUUCAAUGCCAUCGCCACGUUGCCCAACGGUUCGCACAUUGAGGCAGACAAGGAAUCUGAGCGACCGCGAAUGGAGUAUCUUUUGCCACAAGCAAUGCAAGCGGAAGCCUUUGAUGAGGUGGAAGAUCCGGGAACACCAACUACACCGCCGCCUCCCAUGAGAAUUGAAUCGGCGGGAGUGAUGCUCAGGGAACUGCCUCAAACUCCUACGCCGCCAGUGCCGCCGCCACCACCACCACCUCCUCACCUUAACCAGCAGAAACCAGUGAGCCGCAAAAAGAUGGCCACUCCUGUGCUCGCUUCGAGUAGCUCCUCCAGUGGCGGUGGUCGCAGCGAAAGUGUUUGUUCCUUUGUCCAGCAACGGCAGCGGCAGUUCCGCGAGCAUUAUCAGAACCAGCAGCAGCAACAGUUGCUACUGCUGCAGCAACAGAAACUCUACCAGCAGCAGAAGCAGCUAAACCAGCAAAAAGAUCUUUUGAAACAGAAGCAGCAACAAUGUGCUGCCCAUUGCGAGCAUUGUGGGCACCAGCGCACGUAUGUUCAUCAGCAGCAUUGCCCGCAGUACCAAGGGCGACACCAGGAAGCACAGGAGCCACACGACGAACGAGAGCAGUAUAUGCAGAUGCAGUACGCCCAGGCGGCGAGGAGUGCCUAUGCCACUCCACUCCAGAGUGGCAGCGCCGGCUAUAGCUGUGCGGAUAACAAGGAAGCCGUCUACUACCAGGUGGUCAACUCGCAGGGAGCAGCCAGCUAUGUGCAAGCAACGAUGGUGAGCACAGGGCAACAGGGGCACGAAGCAUCUGCAACUGGCGGAGGAGCAGGCGGGUCGGCCGUCAGCAGGUCGACGACAACCACCACCAGUUCGUCCACCUCGAUGAUGUGCAUCAGCUCGGAUAUGUCCAUACCCAUGGGCAUGGUGAACACGUGUGAGACCACCACAACGACCACCACACAUCAGUACGACGAUGUGGCAUGUCAGCGGGUGCGCAGGCUGCACAAGGAGACCAGGCAGCGAGCAGAGAGCAUGCAACGCCAGACGCUGCAAGUGCGUCCACGUGCCAUUGCCUAUGCCAUCCAGUUCACGCCGACGGGCGACAGUGAGGUGUUUCCGGAGACGCGAUCCCUGCAGGAUCAACUGCAGCUGGCACGCCCCGAGUUCUGUGCCAAGUCCAAGCAGCGCAAGGCCAUACUCAACCAGAUGCAGAUGAUACGCAACCAUCGGCGGCAGGAGCUCGACAAUCUGUUGUGCGAGAACACCAGCUUGGAGACGCUGGACAGGCGUCUGCAGCAGCUGCCACCGCCAGCCACUUCUCGCUUGAGGAUAUUUACCACCAGGGAAAUGAAGGCCAUGACCACCAAACGCUGCCAAAGUCUGCCGGAAGUGAUGGCCGCCCAAAGUCGGCAGCUGGAAGAGCGGCGACGUCGCUGCAAUCGCAUGAUGCGGGAUGUCUUCAACAAGCGCCUUCAAAAUCGCGUGGCCAACGGACAAAUUUCGCUCAAUCACAGCGCGGCAAUCAUCUAGCGAGGAUCGAAUUAGGAUUUAACCACAGCCACAGAAAUGACCACCCACCAGUUAUAGUUUCUUAUUAUUAAUCUUUUGCCACUGCCAGGCUUUUUAUUUCUUUGUAUAGCUUUUAAUCGUUCACAAUUGUUUGACACCAGCACCAGGUUAGGCUUAGUUUAUAGCAAAUAAUAAUAAUAAUAAUCAAAUUUGAGGUAGGCAGUCAGCCAACUACAAACAUAGAAACUAUGUUGAUCCUAUGAAACCAGAAUUUGACUAAAUUUGUAAUGUUUUUAAAGAAAUAAAUUGAACAACACACGAA